AUGGGGAUUCACCUGUCGAUUCGCAUGCUCUCGAAACUACUAGUUCUGUUGUUGUUUCAUCUUGUGGUUGCAAACUUUGCAGACUCUUUGCAGCAGCUAUCUUGCCAUGCUGAGGAGAGCUCUGCCUUGCUGCAGUUCAAGGAGAGCUUUAUUAUUACUAACAAAUCUGCUUCAAAGGUUUCAUCAUGGAAACCAGCUGGAGGAGGAAAUAGCAGUUGUUGCUCGUGGGACGGCGUGGAGUGUGACGAGAUAACAGGUCAUGUUAUUGGCCUUAAUCUUAGCAGCAGUUAUCUCUACGGCUCUUUGAACGCCAAUAGUAGCCUGUUCAGCCUGGUGCAUCUUCAACGGUUAAGCCUCUCUUACAAUAAUUUCAAUUACUCUCAAAUUCCAUCUAGCAUAAGAAAUUUUCCAAGCCUCACUCAUCUUGACCUCUCUGGCUCUUUCUUUUCUGGUCAAGUCCCGUCUGAAGUCUCACACUUGUCCCAGUUGACAUACCUUAGUCUGUGUUGCAAUGUUCUUGAAAUUGAAACAUCUCCUUCUUAUGAUCCUCCGCGAUUGUUGAAACUUCAACCAUCUGAUUUGAGAAGUCUGGUUCAAAAUUUAACUAGUCUAGAAACUCUUAGUCUUAGUUACAUUAACAUAUCAUCGAUCAUACCCAUUUCCUUGACAAAUUUAUCAUUUUUAACAUCCCUUUUCCUCAGGAAUUGUGAUUUGUUUGGCGAAUUUCCAGUGAAAAUUUUCAAUCUACAGAACUUAAAAGUUCUUAGUGUGAGAUACAACCAAAAUCUCGUUGGAUAUUUUCCUGAAUUUAAUCAAAGUAGUCCCCUCAUCGAACUGAGAGUUGCUUCUACUGGGUUUUUUGGAACAAUACCUUCAUCAAUUGAAAAGCUUAAUUCAUUGCAAGAGUUGGAUGUGUAUCAAUGCAAUUUUUCAAACUUUUUGGUUCCAUCUGCACUUGGCAAUCUUAGACAGCUCACUUAUCUAGACAUUUCAGCAAACAGAUUUGGAGGUCCAAUUCCUAAUUCUUUGGCAAACCUUACCCAAUUGACUUCGUUUUUCGUUUUUGGCAAUUCUCUAACUGGUCCAAUUCCAUCAUGGCUUGGUAACUUUAGCAAACUAGUUGAACUAAAUUUUGCUGACAAUCAUUUGAAUGGUUCAGUUCCCGCCUUAUUUUCCAAUCUCACCAAUCUCAAGGUCCUUUAUUUAGGUAACAACAGCCUGAGCGGUGUAGUGGAGUUCCAAAUGUUUCAGAAGCUACAAAAUCUUAAAGAACUCGGAUUGGCUAGUAACAAUUUGGAAUUUGUUACUGAACGAUUUCCAAAUGUUAUGGAUGCAACUGUUCCACAGUUCAGGAUUCUGUAUUUGCAUUCAUGCAAUUUAAAAGAGUUCCCAUAUUUCUUAAGAAAUCAGACAAAGUUAGAACGGUUGGAAAUGCGUGGAAACAACAUCCAUGGCGAAGUACCAAACUGGCUGUGGAACAUAAGCAAGGAAACUCUGACUUUAGUGGACAUUACUGAUAACUUCCUUUCGGGCGAACUUCCAGUUGUCAUUCCCUGGGUUAACAUGCUCUGCUUGAGGCUUUCAAACAACAGUUUUCGUGGACCACUACCAAUCCCUCCACCAUCCUUGCUAGAAUAUGGAGCCACUAACAACAAAUUUACUGGAGAAAUUUCACCAUUGCUUUGCAAUAUGAAUUCUCUUUUGUACCUUGAUGUGUCGAAAAAUAACUUGAGUGGCACACUUCCUCAAUGUCUUGGAAACUUUAGUGAUGGUCUAAUGCUUUUACUUCUUGGAAGCAACUCUUUUCAUGGAAUGAUGCCUCAAUCAUUCAACAACAGAAGCAAUUUGAGGAUGAUUGAUGUUAGUCAUAACCAAUUGCAGGGGCAAUUACCGAGGGCACUGGCGAAUUGUGUGAUGCUUGAGUAUCUGGUUCUGUCAAACAAUCAAUUCAGUGAUGUUUUUCCCAUUUGGCUGGGGACUCUUCCAGAGUUAAAACUUUUGGCAAUGCGCCAUAAUGGGUUUAAUGGUGUGAUAGGAGACACUAGAACGAAUAUUGACUUCCCCAAGUUACGCAUUCUUGAUUUGUCAUACAACAAUUUCAAAGGUGAGAUUCCACCUUUGUUUCCAGAUAUUGCUGUGAACAUGUCAACAUACAUGCAGGCAGAAGUACACUAUGUCGUCACUACUAUUUAUGUUACACGGAGUGUUGCUUACUCAAUCACAAUAGCAAUUAAGGGUCUGGAGUUGUACUAUUCAAAGAUUCAAGAAGGCAUUGCAGCCAUUGAUUUCUCAAGCAACAAAUUUGAAGGGAAGAUUCCAGAGUUCAUUGGGAACCUUACAGAGCUUUGCUCACUCAAUAUUUCCAACAACAUUCUCACUGGUUCAAUUCCAUCAUCGUUGGGUAACUUAAGGAAGCUUGAAUCGUUGGACCUUUCACAAAACAAGCUCUCAGGGCAGAUCCCCCAACAACUAACGCGGCUUACAUUCCUUGGGACCUUUGAUGUGUCUCACAACAAUCUCACAGGUCCUAUACCGCAAGGUACCCAACUUACUUCCUUAAAUAGCACUUCAUAUGAGGGAAAUCUUGGAUUGUGUGGAGAUCCAUUACCAAACAAAUGCAGAGAGGCCCCUCAACGGCCACCUUCAACUGAAGAAGAUAAUGGUUCAGGCUCAACUGGAAUGGUUGAAUUUGAUUUGAAAUUUGUUUUGGCUGGAAUUGGAAGUGGGUUUGUAGUGGGUGUUGUUCUCGCGGAUUUCAUGAUCACAAGAAGGCAGGAAUUGUUUCUUAAGGUUGUUGGAAUGGUGAGGCUAAUGAUAUGGAAAAGGUAG